AGCGUCCGCGCCCACUAAAUGGGGCGAUUAUGGUCUGCAUGAGACACUAGCAACGUUUGAUCAACGAUCUACCUAUCGUGUCCACCAUAAGAACGGUUACACGGCAUCUGUGUUGCGACAUGACUGCGUUAAAUCCCUCGUGGAAAACUCAAUCAGCCUCUUACUCCAACAUCUUUUUGUCCCUGACAAGUAAUCUCGAAAGAUGGACUCACGAGCAGAUCCCGCGACAACAGAGACCAGAGCGUCUAAGGACCUGCAUGAUGAGCCUGCUAAGCAAGAUGUCAGCGCAGGUAUUGUAGUUCCUGCGCUGGCAGAGGGUGAAAUGCCGGAGACAACCAAGAAGGAGAUCUGGUCGUGGUACGCGUACUACAUUGGAUCAAAUGGACUCGCCUUGUUCAAUUUUGGACCGACUGCUUUUCAGAACCUACUCUCCCAGGCGGCGCCCAAAGAUACAGGGCUUUUGCCGUUUGCCGGUCGCGCUCGAGACGUCAACAGCAUUGUCCUUCUUGCCAAUGGCAUAUCCUUCGCUUUGCAAGCGGUCCUCUUCCUCAUCAUUGGAGCUUACGCAGACUUUGGAACUGGACGACGAUGGAUUCUUUUUGUCUGGUCAAUUAUCGCCUACGGUAUUGGCUUUGGCUGGCUGGGCGUCCAUGAUCCCAGCAAGUGGCAAACCGCUACAGGCCUUUACAUCGUCGGUUUAAUCGCAUACCAAAUGACGCUCACGUACUGGACAGCGGCAUUCCCCUCUCUUGCCAGAAAUACUCCACAGCUGAAAGAAGCUGCCCUUCAGUUCGAGGCUGGAGAAAUCACCCAAUCCGAGAUGGAUCGCAAAGAUGAGAUGGAGAGGAGUAGGCUCAGCAACGUUGCCUUCUACAUCCAAUCUGUCGGCGAAGUGGUCAUUCUAGCCAUCAUAGUGGGCAUCAUGUUUGGUGUCAAAGUCGACAAGAGCGCCGAAAACAACAACUGGGGACUCUCGGUCUUGAUUGCUUUCGCGACUGCUUGCUGGCUUGUCCUCUCGAUUCCCUGGUUCUUAUUGGAGAAGAAGCGUCCAGGAAUGAAGGUCCCAGAUCACUUGAACAUGAUUACCGUCGGAUUCUGGCAACUUUGGGAAGCUCUCACUCAAAUCUGGCACCUGAAGCAGAGCUUGAUCUAUCUCGUUGGAUACUUCCUUCUGGGAGAUUCUCUUAACACCACUGUCACGGUUAUCGCCACCCUUCAGAACCAAGUCGUCAGCUACGAGACUCUCACUUUGACUUACCUCCUCAUCGUUGGUAUCGUCGCUCAAGCAGUGGGCAUUGGUGCCUUUUGGCUCAUCCAGAAGCAUUUCAACCUCAGUGUCAAGGCCAUGUUCAACGCCGUCAUGGUAUUCAUCAUCCUUCUAGACGGAUGGGGUAUGAUUGGCAACUGGACCGAUAAGUUCGGCUUCAAGAACGUCUGGGAAAUCUGGCUAUACCAGGCUUUCUAUGGUCUAUUUGUGUGUCCCUGGUAUAGUUAUUCGCAGAUCAUGAUCAGCUCCGUCACACCUCGAGGACACGAAUUCCUGUUCUUCUCCCUUUUCAACAUUAUCGGGAAAUCAUCCAGCUUUAUCGGACCUUUCAUCAGCAGUGCUAUCAUUGACGCUUCUCCCGGCGGCACCAACAACAGUGCUCCCUUCUACUUCUUGUUUGCGUUGAGCUUGGUCAGUGCUAUUGGAAUCUGGUCGUUUCUUGAUCUUGAGAAGAGUGCGCGGGAACAGGAGGCGUUCAUCAUACAAGAGAAGAUACGCAUGGGUGAAGAGUCAGAUGCAAGCAAUAUUGCGUAGAUGUUGUUAGUCUUGUUCGUUGCAGCUAUAGUAAUUUCUAUUGAGUCCUGGUGA